AUGCAGAUUACAUGAGCAGGAGCAGCUAAGAAGAUAGAGAUGGAGGGAUUAGGGAGAGGCUUGUUUGUUGUUAUAGCUGCUGCAGCUUCAAUGCUGGAAAUGGGUUUGGCCGAUCAAAGACAUGUGGUUGGGGGAACCCAAGGUUGGCAACAAUCCAUUGAUUUCGACUCGUGGGCAGAAGCUCAGACCUUCAAAGUUGGCGACCAACUCGUUUUCAACUACGCUUCGGGGCUGCACAGCGUGGUAGAGCUUCCGGACGAGAGUGCGUAUGAGAACUGCGAUAUUGGGAGCGCCAUCGAGUCGAAGAGCAGCGGGAAGGAUGGCAUCAAGUUGACGAAGGCGGGAACACGAUACUUCGCGUGCGGCACCAUGGGGCAUUGCAGCCAAGGCAUGAAGGUCAAGAUCAAAAUAGCCACUGGCACAGCUUCCUCUACUCCAUCUCAUCCUUCUUCUUCUGCCUCUUCUUCUUUUUCUUCACAUUAUUCUCUUCUGGGUUGCUUCCUCAUCAUGGCUUUUUACGCCUUGAGAUUCAUGUGAAAUAGUUAUUAUGAUCAAAUCCCCUUAACCAGUUCAUUCUUUUAAACCAGUUCGUUCUUUUAAACCAGUUUUUGGGUUUUGUUGUGGGGUUGUUUGUAACCCUUGUUCUGUUUUCAUUAUUUUCCUUUUUUGAUUGCUAAGAUAUUAUUUGGCAUAUUUACGUGGAUUAUUAAAUAAAUGAGGACAAGUUUUUUUGGGUCCUGGACA